CACUCUUAUCACCGCACACUUCACACUCCCAUGCUAAUCUGAUGAAGUGAAUCUCAGACUGCGCUUCAUGGCAAUUUCACACUUUAAUCCGGAUCAGUUACAAAACCCAGAUUUAUUUCUUUAUAAAAUAAUCCGGAUUGAAUAUUUGCUCUGUCUGUACUAUGUUUAAGAGGAUGGCUGAAUUUGGUCCGGAUUCUGGAGGCCGUGUGAAGGGCGUGACCAUUGUGAAACCCAUCGUGUUCGGUAACGUUGCUCGAUAUUUCGGUAAGAAGCGUGAAGAAGACGGACACACACAUCAGUGGACUGUUUACGUUAAACCGUAUAGAAAUGAGGACAUGUCCGCUUACGUCAAGAAGAUCCAGUUCAAACUACACGAGAGUUACGGAAAUCCUUUACGAGUGGUGACGAAGCCGCCGUAUGAGAUCACAGAAACCGGCUGGGGAGAGUUUGAGAUCAUUAUAAAGAUCUUCUUCAUCGAUCCCAACGAGAGACCGGUCACUCUGUAUCACCUGCUCAAGCUGUUCCAGUCCGACUCCAGCGCCAUGCCCAAGAAGACCGUCGUCUCGGAGUUCUACGAUGAAAUGAUCUUUCAGGAUCCAACAGCGAUGAUGCAGCAGCUGUUAAACACCACGAGACAGCUCACGCUCGGGGCCUACAAACACGAGACCGAGUUUGCAGAGUUGGAGUUGCGUACGCGGGAGAAACUUGAGGCAGCGAAGAAGAAGACGAGUCUGGAGAUCUCUGAGCUGAAGGAGAAGUUGAAGGCCUCCAGAGAACACAUCAACUUCCUGAAGGAGGAGAUCCGCAAACUGGAGGAGGAGGACCAGCUGAAGGAGCACUAAGCAGAGCCGAACACACACACCUGUGUGACGCUGUGAGGACCUCCUCAGCUCUGUGGACUCCAUGAACUUGAUUUUUAAAGGUUCAUUAUUUCUACACUGGACUUGUGAACUUUUAAUGUUGGUGUAAAAGUGAAAUAGCAGUGAGAACGUCCCGCUCAUUUCUAGAGGUGAAAAAAUGUGAAGUUCGUUCGUGUCGUAUUGCAGACCUGCGUAUGUUUAAAAAUAAAAUACAAAUACAGUCUUCUUUUUUUCCUCCAGAUAAGCCAGUGAAUCUGGAAUAGUUGACAGCUGUGUAAGUGUUUUGAGCUCUGAAAUAUUAACUGAUCCCCUGUAAGCCCCGCCCCCUUUCCCGCAUUAGUAAUCUCUUCAGCUCGAAUUUCCCGCUUGAGAGAUGCGUUAAUGCUGCGUCCUCGCUUUCUGUCGCAGGAAACGGAGCGUGUUUAGAGUUGUUUAGAGAAUGUGAAAUAAAAUCUCAGUGUGUGUUCCACGUAGCUAACCUUACACACGUGUAGCUAACGUCUGUUACAUAUAUUUAUUAGGAACGCGCUAAAUAUUCAUCCUGAUGUUCGGUCACAACUAGUAGAAAGUGGUUUUAAAAGUUUUGCUGAAAAUGUUCGGCCGUCUGGAAACGUUUCACAGUUCCUCCGAGGAAUUUCACACACGAGAGAUUUGUAAAACAACUCUUUCUAAAAUGUGCCAUGUUAUCUUUUUACUGUUUACUCCUCCCCUUCCAUCACCCCUUUCCAGAGGACUACGUGUUAUAUUCGUCUUUAAGUCUGCGUUUCUUGUUUCUCUUUGUCUUUAAGGUUCGGAUGGAUCGUCUACCGGUUCUGUAUCAUUAAAGCGCAAUUUUACAAUGUGUGUGGAUUUAACGUAAAAAUUAUGUUUAUAUUAGUAACUCUUGUACAGGUUUCUCAGUAGUUCCCGAUGCUGUAUUAGGGGGCGUGGCUAUGUAUGAACUUACUUUGUGAUGUCGCUAAAUCAUAAUAUAGAAUGUAAAUUGUUAGAGGAAA